AUGAACAGAUUUCAUAAACUACUAUGCCAUCAUCUGCAACGAAAGGCCAAGGCCAAGUUUGCAAGCCUGAAUGAGCGAGUGGAAGACGAGCUGUCGAUGGCCGAUGGCAGCAAGGCUGCAAUCAAGGGUGUGGGAACCAUCAUGGAAUUGGUGAUCCUGCCCAAUGGUGAAGAGCGCACCAUCGAAAUUAAGGACGCGCUGUUUGUGCCAAGUAUGAGCAAGAAUCUACUUUCGGUGCCGCAGAUCAACAAGGGUGGCAAGUUCCAAGUCGUGUUAGAUGGGUCCAAGAUGCUAGUAACGUGCAAGAAUUUCACGCAAGUUGUGGCAACAGCGGAUUUCGUCGAUGGACUCUACUGGCUGCGAACUCCUCAACGACCGGCGAAUGCAGCGACACGCAACGGGACCAUCGACUUGCACGCGCGCAUGGGUCAUGCACCCCUCGAUGUUCUGCGCACGAUGGUGGACACCGGCAUGAUCAAGGAAGCCAAGGCUCUUCUCAACUCGACUGGGCCAAGUGUGUGUCGCGGUUGUCAGCAAGGGAAGAUGGUCCAAAAACCAUUCCCAACCAACCAUGACAAGCGUCAAUAUGGUGUGUUCGAGUUGCUGCACUUCGACAUCUCGAUCGGCGGCAGCAGAUACUUGCUGCUUGUGGUUGACGAAGCAAGCGGGUGCAUGAAGGGCUUCUGUCUGCGAUCCAAGUCUGAGAGUGAAGACUUUAUCAGGAGCUACAUUCUCAAGAUACAGACGCAGUUCGGCAAGAAGACCAAGUUCGUUCGGCAUGAUGGGGCGCCUGAGUUUGCGACCAACUCGAUCAAGACCUUCUACGAAUAUCAAGGUAUCGAGAAGCAGGUCACGGUGCCGUAUGCACACCAGACCAACGCCACCGCAGAACGCGCGAUACGAACCAUUUUCACGAUCGGAAGCAGCUUGCUACACCAUGCAAAGCUGGAGAAGUGCUUCUGGGCUGAAGCGGCAAUGACGGCGAUAUACAUCAAGAAUCAUUUGCCAUCGCCCAAGAUCCCGCUCAAAACGCUGUUCGAGAUCGUGUGUGGCUCAAAGCCAAGUGUCAAGCACAUGCGCAUUUUUGGGUGCCAAAUAUACAUCUUGACUCCGAACGAAAGCGUCUCAAGUGGUACCCCAAGGCUUGUGUCGGCAUCUUCAUGA